GAUAGAACGAAGAAAUGCAAUGAUGAAGACACGAGUCGCUUCAUUCUCUUACAUAAUAUCUUCCGUAUUGGUCAUUUCGUGACCGCGUUGCCACUCACUCACUCCUGAAAAAGUACAAAAACGGUUAUUCCUCGUUUCUAGAGAGAGAGAAAAAUAAAACUCAUAUAGAGAGAGAAACCAUGGAUAACUCCAUUGACCUCAAAACCACCACAACCACGGCGGUUUCCGAUAACCACAACACCACCACCGUCAUUCAAACCAAAACCAAAGAAGAAGGCGAAGUCUCUUCUUCUACCGAUGGCGACGAAAAACCUAAUGGCUCUACUGUGCAAACCACCCUUGCUACAGGGUCCAGUUCUGUUCCUUCUUUGAAGCAAAUUACCCAAGGCGUUCAGGGUGGAGGCUCCAAUAAUAUACAGAUGCGAACGACUACACAACCAAUUUCACGGAAGAGCAUAAAAAAGAGUGAAUUACCCCCUAAAUCUUCUCCAUGGGCUGGUCAUGCAAGCAAUGAUACAAAUCUUGUGAUAAGGUUUUCCGAUGAUGACAGUGGUAGUGACAUUGAAAAUAAAGGCACCGAUUCCAAGUUGGAAAGAAAUAUCAAACGACCUAGCUCAUCCUUGGAAAAUUCAAACAAGUUACAGUUACAACAAAAUGCUAGAAGUUUGCACAAGGAAAUGCCCAAGAAAUUGCCUUCGAAUCGUACAUUUGUCUCAUCAGUGACCAAGAUGCCUAGUUCUAAUUCUAAGGGUGCUGGAUCAUGGUCAUUGGGACAAGGACAACAAGCUAGAAAUUUCAAACCAAUGAACAAAACUAUAGCUAGCCGAGAGCGUGGACCUGACCAAGGAGCAGUAUCAAAUGUCAAUAAACUUCAGGAUUUGCGCCAACAGAUUGCACUUCGGGAAAGUGAACUUAAGUUGAAAGCAGCCCAGCAAAAUAAGGAGUCUGCUUUAGUUUCGGGUAGGCAUCAGAAUGCCACAAACCUUAAGAAUGACACAACUAGGAAAAAUAUUUCAGUCUCCUCAGGAGCUGCACAAUUGGGGCCAGAAGAACGAGAUAGGAAGCGGAUGAAACUUGAUACAUCUCAUGAUGCCCCUCAAGCUGUUGGUGGUCAACAAGUUCCCAUUGUAAAAUCUAUAUUACCAUCAAAAGAUUCUCUGUGUGAAAACAUUUAUCCUCAGGAGAGAAACAAGGUUAGUCAUAACCAAAAAGAGAUUCCAUCAUGUAGAGGAGAAUCAACAAUCAUGAAAUCACAAAGGCAACCUGACAAUUGUUUUGGCAACUCAUCACAAAAUAUGCCUUGUAGAUCAACAGAAGGUGAUGUCAAUAAUGGUUGCAAUCAGAUUGACAAAAGUAGCAGCCUGGUUGACCAUUUUGCAGCUUUAAACCAAAGUCCAAUGCCAGGAAAUAUGCCGUCUAGCAGUGUGCCAACUAAUUUAGAACCACUAAGUGUGACUCAGGAACCACUAAGCAAUGCUGUUAUUAUGAAUCAUAAUGCAAAUGUCUCAGAGCAUAGCAGUAUUGAUUUACAGUCAUUUUUUGGCAUGCAAGAAUUGAUAGACAAGGAGCUUGAGGAAGCUCAAGAGCACAGGCAUAAUUGUGAAAUUGAAGAAAGAAAUGCACACAGAGCUUAUCUUAAAGCUCAGAGGUCUUUGCUUGAGGCUAAUGCUCGAUGCAACAAUCUUUAUCACCAAAGGGAAUUGUAUUCAGCUAAGCUACGAUCUUUGAUUAUGAAUAAUUCCAGCUUUUCUUGGUCUUUGGGACAGCACCAGCAACUUGAUAUAGGUCUAGAUUGCUUACCUAAACUUGGAUAUGAAAUGCCCACAUCAAGCCGUCUGAGGCAGGCUGAAUAUAAUAUUAAUAAUCCUAGUUUUGAUUCUAAUGAUCAAGGCAUCAAUAAUAGGCAAUCUGAUACUUCCCAUCCCCACACAAAUGGAGCAAAUUUAGGAUCUGAACCUUGUGUUGAACCAGAUGCUAGUACAUCUGAGCCAUUGCCUCAAAGGGGUAAUCGUGAUGCGGAUGGAGUGUAUUCUCCUAUGGAUGAAUUUGACGCAUCAGAUAAUGAAAAUGAAGAGAUUUUUCUAGCUGGACAUGCUUCUAAUCAUUUUGACGCUGAAUAUCAUAGAAAUCAAGACUCCAAGGCAAAACAAAUGGACACAGAUACUGCAUCAAAUGCCAAUUGUUCCACUGAUAGUCCUGAGGAUUCUUUGCUUCUUGAAGCAACAUUAAGGUCUGAAUUAUUUGCACGAUUAGGGAAAAGAGCCAUGAAGAAUUGUAGUCCGUGCAACAACAUUGAUACUGCUGAACUAGGUGCUGAAAAUGAGGUUGGAAGUGAGAAAAGCCGAGUGCAUCACGGCGCUGUCCCAUUGUCUAAUGCAGAAAACAUUGAUCCUAAUGCAGAAAUCAAUUAUCCUAAAGGCAUCGAGGGGAAAGAAAUGAACAUCUAUCUGGAUUCCAAUGAGAUUCAAAGUCAGCAAAACAUUGGUGGAAAUACUUCGAAUGCCAUCUGCAGUGCUGGUUCAGGUGAUCAAGGAGACAUGACUUCUCAGGGUCAUCACCCAACUAAUCCAGCGAACAUUCCACCAUUGUUUAGGAGUGCAUUUAGUGAGCUGAGAAAAAUGUCACCAUUUAGUUCAAAUCAAUUACCAAAUCAACAUAAUUCCACUCAUGAUAAUGAUGGUGAAAGUCAAAAUGCCACCUGCCUUAGUUCUGAUGAAGCAAAGAGGAACAACAUCUUGGCAAUCUCAAUGUCUGUCACCAUUGGGAAUUCACUCUCAGAAGAAGGUCCUUAUGGCUGCAGUCCUGAAGUUGAUCCGUUUUGGCCACUUUGCAUGUAUGAGCUGCGAGGAAAAUGCAACAAUGACGAGUGUCCUUGGCAGCAUGCUAAGGACUAUGGCGAUGGAAACAUUAAUCAGCAUCAGCACACUGAUUCUAAUAACGGAGACUCUCGAGAUAGAUUGCCGCUGCAUCAACAAAAUUGUAAUGGUGUGACCAAAGUUACAAAGUAUCACAAAGCUACUAUUCUACCAACUUACCAUGUUAGUUUAGAUGUUCUGAAAGCGGAUCAAUUUGCAUACAAGCCGAUUACUGCACAUAGGAUUGCUCAAUACUGGCAGCAGCAUUUCAGUAUCACUCUGGGUUCUUUGAAUUUGCUACAAAAUGGUUCACCUGCAGAUGGUCCAUUAUCACAUGGUGGUGAUGAACGCAUAGAGGUCCGAGGGGCGUGGAGUAAACAGUUAUCUUUUCAGUGGAGAAAUGGAGUUGGGAAUCAGAUUAAACAGGCUAUGGCUGAUAGUGAGCAAGCCGUUGAGAUGGCUCUUCUUAUUCUCAACCAGGAAAUUAAUAAGUUGCAGGGGGUGCGAAAGGCUCUAUCUGUACUGACCAAAGCCCUGGAGACUAAUUCAACAUCUGUGCUAAUCUGGAUAGUUUACUUGCUCAUUUACUAUGGAAGUUUUGGACCAAACGAAAAGGAGGAUAUGUUCUUGUGUGUGGUUAACCACCAUAAAGGAUCUUAUGUACUGUGGAUCAUGUACAUCAAUAGUCGGAGAACGCUUGAUGAUCGGUUAGCUGCCUAUGAUUCUGCUCUCUCUGCUCUCUGUCAGCAUGCGUCUGCUGUUCCUGAAGACAGGACAUGUGAAAGUGCAUGCAUCUUAGAUCUGUUUCUGCAGAUGAUGGAUUGUUUAUGCAUGACGGGGAAUGUUGAGAAUGCCAUUCAGCGAAGUUAUGGAGUUUUCUCAACUACAACUAAAUCUGAUGAGCCUAAUCUUCUGUUACUAUCAGAUAUACUCAAUUGCUUAACAAUUUCUGACAAAUGUGUGUUAUGGGUUUGUUGUGUUUACUUAGUUAUUUACAGGAAACUGCCUGGUGCUAUUGUUCAGAAGUUUGAAUGUGAGAAAGAUCUCCUUGACAUUGAAUGGCCCUCUGUCAUUUUAUCAGAGGAUAAAAAUGAGAGGGCUGUUAAACUUAUGGAAACAGCAGCUGAAUAUAUAAACUCGUUUGCCUUCACAAUGAAAAGUGAAGCUGAUAUCAAGCAUGUUCAGCUUUUUGCUCUAAAUCAUCUCAGAUGCAUGGUUGCUCUUGAUAGCCUAGAAUGCUUAAGGAGUUUGUUGAAAAAAUAUGCUGAGAUUCACCCUUUCUGCAUAGAAUUGGUCCUGGUGUCGGCUCAAAUACAGAAACGAGAGUUUGGUGUUGAUAAUUUUGUGGUAUUUGAGGAUGCAAUUAGUAGAUGGCCAAAAAUAGUUCCUGGAAUCCAGUGCAUUUGGAAUCAAUACAUUGCAAAUGCUAUCCAUAAUCAAAGAAUUGACCUUGCACAAGAAAUUACAGUCCGAUGGUUCCACUCUGUAUGGCAAGUGCAGGAUCCUGCAUCUGCAGGAAUGGAUGCCACCGACGAUGGUAGUUCUUGUGGCUUAUUGGGAUUAGGUUCAAAAUUUGUUUCCGACACAUCAAAUUCUAUUCAUAAACAGAUGGAUAUGAUGUUUGGAUAUCUUAAUCUGUCUGUUUAUCAUUUUUUCCAAAAUGAUAAAUCAGAAGCAUGCAUAGCAGUUAAUAAGGCUAGGAAUACUGUCAAUUUUGUGGAUUUAGAGCAAUAUAGAAGAAAAUAUGCAAUGUUCCUGGUUUGUGAUGCAUCAAGUUUGAAGGAGGAUGAUCCAAAGAGUGCUAUUAAGAAGAUGCUGGAAGUAUAUAUGGAUGGUUCCUCCCAGGCGUUGCUAGCUCCUAGGAUGCUAACAAGAAAUUUUCUUAACAACAUCAAGAAGCCUAGAUUACGGAAUCUCAUUGGCAUCAUAUUAAGGCCAGUUUCAUUUGAUUGCUCUCUACUAAAUCUGACACUUCAAUCAUGGUUUGGUGCAUCUCUUUUACCUCAAACAGCGAGUGAACCAAAACAUCUGGUGGAUUUUGUUGAAGGCAUUAUGGAGGUAGUUCCUUACAACUUUCAAUUAGCUUUUGCUGUUUGCAAACUUUUGAGCAAGGAUUACAGUUCUUCUGAUCUAAACUCAACCAGUCUAUGGUUUUGGGCCUGCUCAACUCUGGUCAAUGCAAUUAUGGAUGCCAUCCCGAUACCACCAGAAUAUGUCUGGUUGGAAGCUGCAGCGUUUCUGCAAAAUGAUAUGGGCAUCGAGGCAAUAUCCCAGAAGUUUUAUAAAAGGGCUCUGUCAGUGUAUCCAUUUUCUGUUAUGUUGUGGAAAUGUUACUAUAAGCUGUUUUUAUCCAUUGGGGAUGCAAACAAUAUUCUUGAAGAAGCAAAAGAAAGGGGUAUAAACCUUGAUUUACUAACUAAUUAAAUGUCAGGUGGAAGGAAACUCAUUGGCCAAGUUUGGUACUAUCACAAGAGUACUCAUUGGCCAAGUUUGGUACUAUCACAAGAGUCCUCAACGUAGAUAAUUUUUUCGCUCAAUAUGUUAGAAUAUUUCCACAUAUUUGGAAGCAAUUUUGGUGACAGAAAUUUCUUAGAGUACAGGUAAGUAUAAUGUGAAUACAAUAGCAAUGUCAAGGUAACUUCUUAGGAAUAUAAUCUACAAUUGGGCUGAAGAAAAUUUUGGAUAACUGAUCUUCCUUUUGCUGCCUUCAUUUUUGGAUAACUUCUUUUUCACAUACUAUGUUGGGAAUGUUAAUGUACUCUUUUUAACAUUUUAAUCCCAUAGGUUAUUGUUUGUCAAAAAAAAAAUACUAUAUGUUAUUUAUUGUCAGAAAAAGAAGUAUCAGUUUGCUAUUUUACAGAUGAAUGAAAGAAUGUUUUUGUUGUGAUGAUUA